GCCACUAAAAAGGGUCCCUCCUGAAACGAAACUGUAGAGGUUAAAUCUCACGCCAGCUUAAAACUUAUAAAUUGAAGUUAUAUUUAUAUGAAGACAAAUCUGGUCUAGGACUCUAGUCUAGGUCUAGGUGAAGCUAGAUCUAUUAGUGGAUGACCAGCUUUCUUGGCUACAGUUACAGUGUACAGAGGCAGUGAUCCUGCUUGUCAACUAAAGUCAUGCCUAAGUCACAGUGUUUACUAGCCAUAUUGACUAGUCCAAAACUUGGCCCUGCUUUGGUCUGCCAAUGGAACAUUCAACCAAUGCUUAACUGUUUUGGACACAUUACCCUACUAAAUAAAAAUGCUGAAAAUAUGCAGACUUGGUCACGGAAGCGACAUGUUCGAAUGCAUUCAACAAAACCUGCAGCAACUUCCUCUUCAACAUCAGUAACUUCAGAAUCAAUCUCUGACGCAAAUUCCAAAAAGGCUGAUGUUGGAUCAAUAAAGAAUGCAGAUUAUGUGUUGCGUACUGUUGACAUUGAUCAAGAGGAGCUUCUGACCCUACACUUUAAGCAGUCUAGCCAGCUUGUUGAUGUAAAAGCAAAGCAUGUUUUGGAGAAUGCUUCCAUCUACAUGCAGAAAAAAAACAAUGUUUAUAAUCUGGACCAACUGUCAUGCAGUAGCAUGAGCUGGGUUCCAGCUGGUGACAGCUCGACAACUUCUUUGCCCUCCUUGCAUCUCACCGUCAGAGAAAUGGAACCAGAUAAAACCAACCCUGGGGCAAAUAUUGAGUCCAUUCAUGACGUGGAGUGGAGAGAACAAAAGUUAGACUUUCGGAAACUUAUUGAGUACUAUAAGAUGUUGUCUAAAAUGAGAUUAACAGGUUUAGUGGUAUUAACAACCAUGGCUGGUUAUUGGAUAGCACCAGGUUCUUUCAGCGCUUCCAGUUUAGGUCUUUGUGCCCUGGGGACAGCAUUGACAUCCAGUGCAGCCAACUCAAUCAACCAGUUUUUUGAAGUGCCAUACGACUGUCAGAUGAAUCGUACCAAGAAUAGGGUCCUUGUUCGAGGAAUGAUUAGCCCAUUGCAUGGCGUAACCUUUGCAGCUGUGUCAAGUAUAUCAGGUCUGGCUACACUUUACUUCUGCGUGAACCCUAUAGUGGCUGGACUAGGAGCUUUCAACCUUGGAUUGUACACUUUGGUCUACACCCCCUUGAAAAGAGUCAGUAUGAUCAACACUUGGGUGGGUUCUCUAGUUGGUGCAAUCCCUCCCAUGAUGGGCUGGGCUGCUUGUACAGGUGGCCUCGAACCAGGUGCUUGGCUGUUGGCAGGGAUACUCUACUCCUGGCAGUUUCCACAUUUCAAUGCACUAAGCUGGAACCUUCGUCCAGAUUAUUCCCGGGCUGGUUAUCGUAUGAUGUCUGUAGUUGAUCCAGGCCUCUGUAAGCGUGUUGCCUUCCGCCAUUGUGUGCUGUUGACUGCCAUGUGUCUUGCCGCUCCUCCGCUGGGUGUCACAUCAUGGAUGUUUGCCGCAGAUUCUUUACCUCUCAACCUCUAUCUCUGUUACCUGGGGUGGCAGUUCUACCGCAAAGGGGACAGCAACUCGUCCCGCAAACUGUUCCGUUUCUCCCUUAUUCACAUACCUGCGCUGCUUCUAUUAAUGGGCAUUAGUAAAGCGAGUCUUGGCAGGAAGAAAGAGGAAAAGAACGUUGAAGAAUCAAAGCAGAGCUUUGAAGAACAAUAAUCAUAGUCCUUUGUAAUUAGAUGAGAAUUUGUUAGGUUUAUGUUAAAAUCUUUUUGUUCUAAAUUGAAUGUCAAAGCAUUAAGCACUGUUUUAAGUGCUCUGCCAUCCUUAUUGCCAUUUUUUUAAUUUAAUAGGUAGUUUGAAAGUACACAAAAGGUCAUUAGUAAGUAAAUAAGUUAGUUAUUAUUUUUGAUAUAGUGACUGUAGCAUUGAUUUAAUCACAUGAUUGUGCUGGGCUUUUAUUUAAUUAAAACUUUGCUGUGCUGACAAUCUUGUCCAAUUCAAUCAUGGUUUGGGUAAAAAUGAAUUGUCAAUUAUCUCAGAUAUAACUUAAACCUUCUAUGUGGCUUUAUAUAAACCCUCAACAGAGAAAUCUCUUCUGCUAACAUUAAAGGUAAAAAAUAGUUAAUUCCCCUUUAGUCAGUGUGUAUAUUGGCAAGUUAGAAGCUAUGUGAUAUGUGGUGCUAAAUAUUUAUAAUUUAAUGGAACUAGAAACUUAUCAUUCCAUGUAUUCCUUGUUCCAUGUAUUCAAACAUAUCUGAAGUAUGCAUGACUUUAAAACUCCACUGACUAGCACGUUACAUGAAGAGAAAGGGAAGUCACUUUGUUACUUUUUUUUUUUACUGUAAGCUUUUUUUUUUUUUUUCUUAUGGUCUUUGUGUCAUUUCUUUGCUCUUGCUGAUGCUAACGUUCAUACUUUGAAUAAAUUUGAAAAUUUUAAAAAUGUAUAUUUUGAAUGAAUGACUGCUUUGUUAAUGAAAAUCUUGUGUAAUUUAGUUCCGUAGAUCAACUGUGAUUUAAUCAAUAUAUAAUUAUAGAUAUUUUUUUUUGGCCUUGCUGUUGUUUUCCCUUUUAUUCUGCUUUAUAUGUGUUUGUUUGUUGACACUUGAAUGAAACUAGAUUGAACUGUUAUUUUAGCAAUCAACUAAAUUAAAUAGAGAUGGUGAUAUUUUGUUCACCGUGUGUUUAACUGUAAAUAUAAAUAAAGACAUCCUAACAGUU